AUGCCGGCCCCGCUAGUCAAGAUCUUGCACCGACUCCAGGAACUGUUCCAUAACGUGGUGGCCGCCCUCGAGACCAUGGUCCUCUUUCCCUCGCUCUUCCGCGGUUUCUCACGCCGCCGCCGAAAGCCGUUCCUCGGCGCCCAUUGGCGACGUCGCACCCUGGAUGAUUUCGCCGACGAGAUCGAUUCGUUGUUCACGGCGCCGCUGUCCACGCGCAAGAUGGUUGAUAUGUCCGAGAAGAUCCGUGCCCAGUUCCACCACUGCCUGCAGUCUAGCCCCGUCUGCAUGCUCCCCUCGUACAACCACGCCCUGCCCGCCGGCUCCGAGAAAGGCACGUAUCUGGCGCUCGAUGUGGGAGGAUCGACAUUCCGUGCGUCGCUGAUUGAAUUGAAUGGGCGCGAGGAGGGUGUGCGCAUUGUACGGACAUCGUCGUCCUACAUCGAUAAUGAGAUCAAGUUGCUGGAGGGACCCCAAUUCUUUGACUGGAUGGCCGAGCAGAUCGAGAACGUGCUCCAGGAGGUGGGCGCUGAUUACGCUCGUGGGGAGGCUUCCCUGGCGAUGGGUCUGUCGUGGUCAUUCCCCAUCGACCAGACGUCCAAUAAUAGCGGGCUGAUCAUCCCCAUGGGGAAAGGGUUCAUGUGCUCGAAUGGCGUGGUCGGACAGGACCUGGGCGAUUUGAUGAUCCAGUCUUGUCGCAAGCGCAACCUCAACGUGGAGGUGGCCGCAAUUUUAAAUGACAGCUCUGCUGCUCUCCUUUCGCGCGCCUAUGUCGACCCUAAGACUCGCAUGUCCCUCAUCCUGGGGACGGGUACCAACAUGGCAAUUCAUUUCCCGGUCCACGAUAUUGGACAGGCCAAGUUUGGGGUUCGCCCGGAGGGCUGGUUCGACUAUGCCAAGCAUGUAAUCGUCAACAGCGAAAUGAGUAUGUUUGGCGGCGGCGUGCUCCCCAUGACCCGGUGGGAUGACAUCCUCAACCGCACCCACAUGCGCCCUGACUACCAGCCCCUCGAGUACAUGAUUACCGGUCGAUACCUGGGCGAGAUUGUGCGCUUGAUCAUCGUUGAGGCUGUCGAGACCGCGCGCCUCUUUGGUGGCGAGCUCCCGCACUCCAUGCGUGAGCCCUAUUCCUUGGACACUAGCAUCGUCGCCUUCCUCGAGGAAGACUCGACCGCUUCCCUGGCUGGCUCCGCCGCCCUCCUCCAGAAAGAACACACUUUCCCGUCCUACCCCUCCGUGGAAGACCUCCGGUUCCUGCGCCAUGUCUGCCACGUCGUGUCUCGCCGCGCCGCUGGGUACAUGGCGACAGCCAUUCACAGCAUGUGGUGUCUGCACAACGAGGUUGAGUCCCCUGGGUCAGCAGCAAUUGUCGACCCGCUGGCCAAGGAAUCGCCGGAGAUUACUGUUGUGGAGAGCAAUGACUCAUCAAAGAACAUGUCCAUUGCAUGCGACGGUGCCGUCAUCAACAAAUACCCGGGCUUUCGCGAUACCUGCCAGGAUUAUCUGGACCAGUUGACCGAGCAGACGCACCCUGCCACUGGACCUUCCAUCCGCCUCGACCCUGCUCCCGAGAGUGCUAUCCUUGGGGCGGCCGUUGCCGUCGCGGUGGCAGUGGCCGAGAAGGCCGGGCAUUAG